GGAAAAUCUUCAAUAUAAUGUGGAAUGCACUCGUUGAAUCUCAAACGUGGACAUCAUUCCUCCAAAAUUACAAGCAACUUCAGUCAAUGUUAAUCCAUCAUCAAGAUGUUUUGGAUUACUUGAAUAGUACUUGGUUAAACAAGUAUAAAGAAAUGUUUGUGUCCGUAUGGACUAACGAAUGCUUACAUUUCGGAAAUCAGACAACUAACAGAGCUGAAAGCCAACAUGCCAAGCUAAAAAAAUUCUUGAAUUCAGCAAAUUGUACCUUAGAUAAGAUUGUUCGUCACAUUGAUGAAGUAGUGAACUCGCAAUAUACAAUUGUUAAAGAUAGCUUCGAAAAAAGUAGAACUGUUCUAAUGCAUAAACACAACCUACCAAUGUUGAAGCUAUUACAUGGCUCUGUUUCUCAUGAAGCACUUGAUAUAAUAAUAGCAGAGCGUCAUUUAAAGCGUUCACAUUGUCGUUGUCAAGUUCGUAAGUGUUAUGGAUUACCAUGUGCUUGUGAAAUCUCAAAGUAUAAGAAAGCAGGUCAGUGUAUUAAACUAAGAUUCGGUCGAUGUGCUUGGUAAUAUUUAAAAGCUGACAACUUAUGUUUUAAUGCAGGUCAAUCU